GGUGUGAGGCCGGUGCUGGCGAACUGCGUCACCGCACGCGAGUGUUGCAGGUAGGCAGCACGCUCUCCGUCCCCCGGCAGAGGAACCAUGCUCGUCAUUUUCCGUCAGAAUUGUCACCCGUAGGCGCUUAAAGCAACAACGAAAAAAUAUAUUGAAAUAUUUUUUUUCCAAGGAUGGAUUCGGGGGACGAUACGUGCAUGGAUCCGCCGUUGGGAUCCUCGUUUUCCUCCGCACCCAAUUUAGACUCGGACAUAAACGCGAAUUCCCGCAGGCCUGUAUACGAGAACGGGGAAGACCAUCAUGUGAACGUACAGAAUGCGGCUCUGCGAGGGGCAAGUGAUCCCAGCGCGUACCCCUCGUCGGAGUACAGGGGGCUGGUACGGCAACGGUUCAUCCGCCGGAGUUUGUGGUUCUCCGACGCGGAGGACCAACCCGCGGACACGGCGGAGAGCGGCAGCGGCGGCCCGGUGCUCAUCCACCUGCGGGGCAUCGUUGACGGCGGUCGGAGCCGGGCCGCGGGCUGCCGGGACCGGGGCACGGAGAGCCGCGGGGAAGGGCUGAAAGACAACGCCAUGAAGGAGGAGGAGGAGGAGGAGGAGAAAGACAGAGGGGUACCAGAACAGAAAGGUGACGCUUUGCCCCCCGACAUCACCGGUAAGGCUGGAAGUGACGAGAACGAGGAAGACGCCGGGAUGAAGGCGGUGUCCACCUCACCUGGGGGGCGUUUUCUCAAGUUUGACAUUGAGCUCGGCAGAGGCUCCUUCAAAACAGUUUAUAAAGGUCUUGACACCGAUACGUGGGUCGAGGUGGCGUGGUGUGAACUCCAGGAGCGGAAACUGUCCAAAGCAGAGAGACAGAGAUUCAAAGAAGAGGCGGAGAUGUUAAAGGCUCUCCAGCAUCCCAACAUUGUGCGCUUUUACGACUUCUGGGAAUCACUGGUGAAAGGGAAGAAGUGUAUUGUUCUCGUGACAGAGUUAAUGACCUCAGGGACACUAAAAACGUAUCUGAAGCGUUUUAAGGUGAUGAAGCCAAAGGUUCUUAGGAGCUGGUGCAGACAAAUUCUCAAAGGCCUUCACUUUCUUCACACGAGGACCCCUCCAAUCAUCCACCGGGACCUAAAGUGUGACAACAUCUUCAUCACGGGGCCAACAGGCUCUGUGAAAAUAGGAGACCUUGGAUUAGCCACUCUGAAGAGGGCCUCGUUCGCCAAAAGUGUCAUUGGUACCCCAGAGUUCAUGGCUCCAGAGAUGUACGAGGAGCACUAUGAUGAGGCUGUGGAUGUGUAUGCCUUUGGGAUGUGUAUGCUGGAGAUGGCCACCUCAGAGUACCCCUACUCCGAGUGUCAGAACGCUGCUCAGAUCUACCGCAAAGUCACGAGUGGUGUGAAACCUGCUAGUUACUGUAAAGUCAGUGACCCGGAGAUCAAGGAGAUAAUCGGGGAGUGUAUCUGUCAUAGACGGGAGGAGAGGUACACGAUCAAGAACCUCCUGAAUCAUGCCUUCUUUGCAGAGGACACAGGUGUGAGGGUGGAGCUGGCAGAAGAGGACGAUGGGAAGAAAUCAUCCAUAGCUCUCAAGCUGUGGGUCGAGGAUCCUAAAAAGCUGAAGGGGAAGUACAAGGACACUGGGGCCAUCGAGUUUACUUUUGACCUGGAAAAGGAAGUCCCGGAAGACGUGGCCCAAGAGAUGGUGGAAUCAGGAUUUUUCCUGGAUAGUGAUGUGAAGAUAGUUGGGAAGUCCAUCCGGGACCGUGUGGCUCUCAUCAAAUGGAGGAGGGAGCGGAAAGUUCCUUUAGGAAAUGGUGAGGCAGCUGUGAAGAAGAUCCAUCAGAACCUUUUACAGGUUCCCUGUGCAGGGGUACCACAGGGAACCACGUUGGCCACCGGAGAUUAUGAAGAUACAGACACAGAGCAGCACACUGUGCUCUGCGCUGUGCCAACCACCACAUCAACCACAUCUGACAGUGGAGUGGGCUCUACCGUGCAAUUGGACGAUCGAAGCAGUCAGCAAAGCGCCCCAUAUCAGUCCCUUCCCGAGCCAAUUUCAGCGGCUGCAGCCCAGAUUAUCUACAGUCCCCCUGCGCAGCCCGAACCGCAGCUGCACCAAGGGACCUACCAGCAACCCACAGUGCAGCCCUCAGUAGAAAACUACCCACAUGCACCCACGCAACUGCACCAGGGGCCUUACCAGCAUACCCCUAGCAAACUGCAUCAGGGGCCCUAUCUAUCUCAAACAACGGUUUCAGCUCCAGCUACACCUGGCCCUACUAUGCACCAUACUAGACAGACGGCACAGAGCUUCUCUGGUGCAGCCUCCGCUGUGCAGGCACAGCUAACUGCUGAAACCAGCCAGGAUCAGGUAUGCACACAACUGCCAAAGUCUCCGGCAGUAUUAUCUGCUUGCCAGCCUGUCCAUCACCUGAGUCCUCGUGACAAAGCUGUUAGCUUUCCACAGUCUGUCUCUAGUGUUCCUCCAACCCUCCGGCCCCUGCAGAUCAGCACACAGUUCCCCUCACCAUAUCCUGCCAUGCAAACAGGGGGCUAUGAGCCCCCCUCUUUCUCCCCAGUCCCUUUGCCAUCUGCCUACACAGGCAGUGCCCCUGCUAUGCCCAGCACCUACUACUCACCUGUACUGCACCAUCCAUCUCUGCCUCUGACCCCCCAUGCUGCCUUGCCCUCCAUGCAUACGCUUGGCACCCCUCAGACCCCGGUUUCCUUGCCCCAGCAGGUGCCCAGUGUAGCACUGCCCCUCCAACUUCUCACCAUGGCCAUGCCCCCUGCAAUGUCCCAGCAGCAGGGGUGCCCACCCAUUUCUCAACCAAGCCUCAGUAGCCUCCAUCCCACCCAUAACACGCCUCUCUCCCAGGUACAACCCACCCCAUACUCUGCCCCCUACCCUGAUCAGGAACUGGCAGAGCCGCCUGUCCAGGUGCAGAAGACCAUUCUCAAGGAGGGUCUGGAAGACGCUCUGGGUUUCUCUCCAGCCCUACCCGUCUUGUCCUCUGUCAAUACCUCUCUCUGGGGAGACCCAACAGCAGCCUUAUCUCCAAGCACAGGCCCAUGUUCAGCCCAGGUCAAACCCCCACCUCAAGUCCCAGGUCUAGUCUCAGCCACAAUUCAAGCUACACUGUCAGGCCCAGUGCAAGCCGUAGCAUCCGCCGUAGCAUCCGCCCUUGCUACAGCUCCAGCAUCUGCUCCAACUUUGCAGCCUGCCGGCAUCCAGACCCCAGCUCACGGGUCUGAGUGCGCCAUCAUGGCCACGACUCAGCAAAAACUAGACACUGCAUCGGCAUCCAGCUCCCCCCAGCCAGAAGCCAGUGUAGAGGAAGUUUUUCAUGAGAAGCCAAUGGUCUUACCCAACAUGUAUGACAGUCUAAACUCUGACGUGGCUUCCAGUAAGGAAGCAAGUGAUGGCUAUGAGACCUUGCCGAGUAGCGGAAAGGGGGAUGGAAAACACCGCAAACACCACCGCAAGUCUACCCGUACACGCUCACGCCAAGAAAAGACCAGCAAACCCAAACUGAGCAUGCUCAAUGUUUGCAACACUGGUGAUAAAAUGGUGGAAUGCCAGCUGGAAACCCACAACCACAAAAUGGUGACAUUCAAAUUUGACUUGGAUGGAGACGCUCCAGAGGAAAUUACCACAUAUAUGGUGGAGAAUGGUUUCAUCCUACUGAUAGAGAAGGAGGUCUUCAUUGACCAGCUAAAGGACAUUGUAGACAAAGCUGAAGAUAUGCUGAAUGAAGACAUGGAGGGGGAGACAGCAUCUACCCUGGGUGGUAGUCCUCAACAAGGCCAUAUUUCUGAAAGCCUAGUGGGAGAGAGUCAGCUGCCGGGAGUGUCUCAGGUUGUCUAUCAGCAGAAUGUUCUUCAUACAGGAAAACGUUGGUUUAUCAUCUGCCCUGUGGAGGAGACCCCCACGUCCAGCCAGGACACUCCAUCUGAUGCCACCAUGGCCCAGUCCCCCGGGAGCUCGGCCACCGCCCAGCCUGCUGACGGCGGCACUGCAGGCACUGCUGCAGCCAGAGAGGAAGGGUCAUCUUCAACAAUGUCUGGUGGAAGUGGAGGCUUUACUUUUGAAAGCUACGGAUUUUGUAGUCCUCCAAUUAUGUCCAACACAGACCCACUCUUCUUGGCCACUUUGUCCCCUCCUGUCUCCGCACCCCCGGCCCUUCAGUCAGAGGAGCACAUCGGCAGCUCCGGUCAGUCCGAUGUGCAGCAGGCCCAGCCGGCGGGGGUUCCUACUCGGGCCCCUUCGGCCCCUCACAGCCUGCCCAUGGAGGAGUCACAGGGGCUGCCCCUGCUCUCCAUCUCCCCCAUCCAUGCUGCUCAGCAGAUGGCAGAGGUGAGCUGUGCAUCAUCUGUGGUUGAAGAAGUGCACUGCUGCCCACUGGUCAUGCCCCUAUCUCUGGAUGUGAGCGGUGCACAGGGUGGCUCAGCACUCACUCCUCCAGUCCAGGAGCCAGGCAAAGCCAGAGAUCCGCUGUCUGUCUCCUACCCAUCUGCAGCUCGGGGUGACCGACCCCAGCACCCCGUGGUGCUGCAGCAGCCCUUUGCCAGUGUGGGUGCAGCCAAAGUUCCCUCACUGCCUCAGAGUCCAGGGCCGUCCCAACACACUGCAGGUCCUGGUGAGUCGGAUGGUGAGGGUCGCAUGGCUCGAGGUGGCUUUGUGGACUGCACCAUAAAGACUCUAGAUGAGAAACUGAGGAACCUGCUCUACCAGGAGUAUGCUCCAAUGUAUCCAUCAGGCAGCAUAGCAGAGACACCCGGCUCAGGCACAGAGUACGUCCACUCUCCACCUGGUCCAGACAGUGCCACAGGGGGGUCGGGAAACAGCACACCAGUACCAAUGGGCGAGGGACGCUACAGGGCCGGAGAGCAGUUGCCACAAAUUCCAGAGAGAAUGGAUAGUUUGAGCACACUCAGUGACUCAGCUGUGUGUGCAUCCAUGUCAAGAAGACAUUUUCCCCACUCCGCCUCCUGCUCUGGAACAAGAGGCAAAUUUAAGAUCAUCUCUGCUGCUCCUGAGGCAGUCACCAGACGAGAUGUGAAGCAGAGGAGCUGGAGCAGCGCUGCCUCACCAGCACACCCUACAGCUCACAUUGGAGAUGCUGGCCAGGUGGGGGCUAUGGCCACCUCCACCACAAUCGGCCGUUUUUCUGUGGUCAGCACCGAGGAUGACAUCACGCUGAGGACCCGCAGCAGUCGCUACUCAGCCCCACCAGACUUCUAUCUGGACACGCCCCCUUCCCUGGCGAAGCGUAGCUCCCUUCCACGUGCCCUGACCUCCACGUCUGUUCCUGUGGAUGUAACAGUCCAUGGUCGUUUCCUCUCCUCUGACUCGGGGGCCGAGAGCAGCCCUGCCAAACUGGCGGCUGCCACACCAUCCCGACAGGCUCGCUCAGAGCGCAGAGGAAGUGACCUCAUGAAGAGGGCGGUGGCUUUCCUCCGCCGCUCAGGACGCAGCAGCAGCGUGCAGAGCUCUGAUUCUCCAAGCCGGCAUGGAGGCUUGCAUGGCUCGGCCAAUGCCAGCAGCGACAACGAUUCGGAGAUGGAGGACUCAGAUAUGAAGAGGGAACUGCAGAGACUCCGAGAGAAGCAUCUGAAGGAGAUCUCCGAGCUGCAGGCCCAUCAGAGAGGAGAAGUAGAGCUGCUGUAUCACCGCCUUGGUAAAGCCCCUCCCCCUGGCCUAGGCCUCUCACACACAGCACCUCCCUCAGGACGAAGGAGGAGAUCCAGCAAGCACAAACUGAAAGCCGGCAAACUCCUCAGCCCUCUUGUCCAGCAGUUUAGAAAUGUGACAACCAAAACUAGUGAUUCCAGUAAAACCACUGCGGGUGAACCAACUGUGAGUUUAAAUGGUUCUCCAGCUAAAGGCCCAUUCCAAGCUCACUCCAGGACUCGAUCUGGCACCAGUCACCUCCCCAGCUCCACCUCAGAACCAGUUCAGACCCAGCAGCCAUGCUCCCUGAAGGGGUCUCUGUCUUCUGAUAACAUUUAUGCCGGGCUCCGCAGGGACGGCGCUGGCACACAAGCGCCAUCUACACAAGGCUGGCCUAACUACCCCCUACCAUCUGAGAGAGUGACCUAUAAAUCCAGUAGCAAGCCAAGAGCUAGAUUUCUCAGUGGGCCUGUGUCUCUUUCCAUCUGGUCAACGCUGAAGCGAUUGUGUCUUGGCAAAGAGCGUGGCAGCAGGUCUGGAGCAGGGCCAGGGCUUUCCAGCCAACCACAGCAGCCACCAGCUAGUUCCACACCCCCUUCCCAUCAGCCAGCGAUGGGGCUGGCCCAGGCCCAAGCCAACAACAGCAACAACAAGACAAACACGUACUCUGACAGAUCUACAGCUUCUGAUGACACUGCGAUGACUGAUGAUCUCCAACGGCUGAUGGACGACUGGGCCCGCGAGUAUCUUAUUGUCACCGAAAGGCCACGUACCAACUCCCUCCGUCUUAGUGGGGGGCAGCUAUGGGACGAGAGAGCAGCUCAAACACAUGAAACAAAGGCACUAUCAAGGGCAGACGCAAGUCCUGAGGGCCCCCAGCUUUCCCCUUCAUGGCCGAUGGCUGAAAUGCACCGGUCAGCGAUGAGGACCAGCCCCUCUGCCGGGUUCCUUCCUCGAUAUGAGCUACAGUGUCCCUCUCCAUUCAGUGGCUUAUCAUCACCCCUAUGUGUGACACAGUGGCCUGGGUUCAUGUCCCCGAUCACUUCAGGGGUGUUUGCUUUUCCCACCGUGCCCUCAGCCUGGGAUGCUCCCACCCUUGCUUCGGCUCCCCCAUACGAGCCCCCUGACCCCAAAACUAGGACUCUCUAACCCGAGUAGCAUUGUGUCUUCCACGUCACCAAAAAAAGAAAUCCCGUUAUAGCGCUCGUCAAACUAUAGUGCAGAUACUGUACAUAUUUAACUAGCAUGUAUGUUUAUUAUAGCCAUUUGUACAUAGUCAAUUAUGUUGUCAUGUUACUCAGUUUUAUGUAAUUUGAUUAAUUUGCAUCAAUAUACCUCAUGCCCAUAUCAUAUCAAUAUGUGCAACAUAUUACUGGUAGUCAUGCUGUAUA